AUGCUUGGUGGUGGGGGAGGAGCUCCUUUGGGAUAUUGCUCAUUCUGUUGUUUCAAAGUGUCGCUCGAUUCGUCCCGUCCCACCGCUGUCUACAAUGUCUUCAUACUCAUCCAAUACUAUUUUUUGCUCUCAAUUCUGGAGACGUCGCAAAAAACUAUUGCGGCAAAUAUUCCAGUUUCCCUGUUCAUCGACUCGUCUAUUCGAAAUUCAGAUGCAAUUUUUAAUCAAGCCAGAGACGAAGUUCUUCAGUUUUCUCCAAAUGUUACGUUAGAAAAUGUGGUCUAUAAAAGUGAAACAUGCGGGAGUUUAGAAUCAGAUACCAAAGAUAUAUUUUCAUAUUUUACUAAUUAUCAUUCCAAAAACCAUAGAAUCACAAUGGGACCAACUUGUUCCGGCAAUUUUCUUCGUUUCGCCAAUCUGACUGCUGAAAUUCAAACUUUACAAAUAAAUAUUCUAAAAGGAUACCCCUAUUAUCAUCCAACAAUGAUCGAUAUGGUAACCAGGUCACCUCAAAAUUUAGCAGAGAACGUUGUUGCAGUAGUAAGAGGAUUCGAAUGGGGACAGGUGGGAGUGGUAUUCUGUGAAGAAUGUUAUGCAGAUGACAAACUUGCCAGCGAAGCAUACUUUUCUUAUGUUGAAGAUAUUCUUUUGGACAAUAAUAUUGCAAUGAAAGAAAUCGUGAAAUUGAGAAAAGGGGAAUCGAAGGAGAAUAUUUCUGAAAUUAUCACCAUCUUUGAACCAUCAGCUAGAGGUAAACUGAUAACAAAAUACAAUAUAAGGAAGGUUAAAAUUUCAGUAAUUCUUUUGUUUCUUGGAAAUACUUUGGAAGAGUAUAUUCCAUUCAUGGAAGCGAUGAGCUUCAAUAACUAUACCACGGAAGAAUACACUCCUGUCAUUGUGAUAUCAAAGAAUUCGUUGGAUUUGGCGUACCCUUGGCAGAAUAACAUGCCCAUGCUCGAGAUAUUUCACAAAACUAUCAUUGUCCAUAAUAACUGUUACGAAAAAUCGAAACUUUCAUCGUUUCUCUCAAAAUAUACGUUUUCUUCACUCGACGAAACCUUAAUCUCACUUCAAAUGUACGAAGGAUACUACUUGCUCGGUUCCUAUCUGUAUUCUGCCAUAACGAACAUAACCCUUUUCAAUUAUGUGGCACCUGAAAAAAGUAUUGCUUCUAUGGAUAUUCAUGGACCAUUCGGACCAAUUUAUAUCAACAAUAAUGGACAGAGAGUAGCAGGUUUCGAAGUGAUGAUAGUGAAUAAAUCGGAACCGAUGAGAAACUAUACAACAGACCUAGGAACAGUUUCUACCACGAAAAAGUGCCCUCGUAUGGCUUGUCUUCAUUUCGUUAUCAACUCAACCUCAUCACCAUCUUAUGAACCACCUAAAGAUGUGCCGUUAUGUGGUUUCCAUGGAGAGAUUUGUGAUCAGACUGGUGUGAUUUACGCGAUUGGAGUCGUCGGCGCUGUCGUCGCUAUUUUUAUUGUCUUCUAUGUGGCUAUUCGAAAAUUGGUGACUAGUACCAGAGGGAGAUCCAUCAGUAACCCAUGGCUUAUACCAUUUCACGACCUUCGAUUUAUCGAUUUAACAACUACAGAUGGAAGCCAACAAAUGUCAGUGCAAAGUCUCAAGGAGAAGAUGGCAGAACGGGCACAUCUGAAGUCGAUUGCUCGUACGAAACUGAUUGCUACCGUUGACCAAACUUAUGUUCUAGUUGAUAAAUUCGUUGUGAGAGAUAAGAUUCGAUAUGAGAAGAGUGAUAUCAAUUUGCUUUAUCAGAUGAAGAGUCAAGUACAACAUGACAAUUUGAAUCAGUUCGUUGGCUUAUCUCUUGACAAGAGCUCCCAUAUCUAUGUUAUUUGGAACCAGUGUUUUCGCGGAAGUUUGUACGACCACAUUUUCACGAAAGAACGGUCGAGAGAUACUGCAACGAACUUCGAAGGAGCAUUUCUUCGUGAUAUUCUGAAAGGCUUAGACUAUUUGCAUAACAGCAGUCUGGAAUAUCAUGGAAAUCUAACUCUUCAUAAUUGUCUUUUGGAUUCUCAUUGGAUCGUUAAAAUCAGUGGUUUCGGUGUCAAUCGUCUUCUUGUCAAAUGGAAGGCCAGCGGACAAAUAUUCACAGAAGAUCACACGCCAGUCUUAAAAUCAGAAGGAAUCGAGAUAAUUGAGCUCAAAGUUGAAGAAAUUCAUUAUUUUGAUCCUUUAAUGAAGGCGGUGUGGAAAUCUAUGAAUGGAACGAAACAAGACAAAGGAAUGAUAUCAGGGGAUAUGGGAAGAAGAGGUGACAUGUACUCGUUUGGUGUCAUUUUGUACGAGAUUUGCUUCAAAAAGAAAAUGGUUCCACCAUUGUUUGAUUAUCCAAAAGGAGAAGACGAGAGCGUUUUGAUUGACGAUGAAAACGAUGCGAUUGCAAGUAAAUACCCACUUCCACUCGAUCUUCCACCUAACCAUGACAUGCACAACGAUCUUAUCAAAUUGCUGGAAAACUGUUUUGGAACUAAUCGGCCGGACGUGAAGCUUGCCAGGAAAAUUAUAGAUACAGUUCUGAAAGUGCAAGGAUCACUUGUUGACUUGAUGAUCAAGAACUUGACGGCUUACACCGAAGGUCUGAGUGAAACGGUCAAACAACGAACUGAUCAAUUGGAGCAGGAAAUGAGGAAGAAUGAAGAUUUAUUGAGAGAACUUCUUCCAGCAUCUAUAGCAGAAGAUGUAAAAAGAGGAUUAAGACCAGGAGCAAAAUCAUAUUCACAAGUAACUAUUCUAUAUUCCGAUAUUGUUGGAUUCACUUCUCUAUGUUCUGAAAGUAAACCACUGGAAGUUGUCAACUUAUUGUCUGGAAUGUACCAGAGAUUUGAUCAAAUUAUUAGUACGAAUGGCGGCUACAAGAUGGAAACGAUUGGAGAUGCGUAUUGUGUGGCCGCCGGAUUACCAGAAGAAAGAGCAAUGGAGCAUGUCAAGAUAAUCUGUAUGAUAGCGUUGUAUCAAAGAGAUUCGUUACAUCACUUCGAGAUUCCUCAUCGAACGGGACAAUAUCUGAACUGUCGAUGGGGAUUCAAUUCAGGAGAAGUUUUUGCUGGAAUCAUUGGACAAAGAGCUCCACGCUAUGCAUGUUUUGGAGAAGCUGUUAUGUUGGCUUCCAAAAUGGAGAGCAGUGGAGUAGAAGAUCGUAUUCAGAUGACAUUGGUAAGCAAACAGCUCCUGGAAGAUCACUAUCCCUUCUUCAAAUGUAGUUUUAGGGGUGGAGUUACAGUUGAAGUAAGUCACAUUGUAAGAUUCCAGAAAACCGAAUUUAAUUUUCAGCCUUUCGGUCAUAUGCUGACCUAUUGGCUGGAAGGAGUACAAGAAGGAAACACCAUAAGAGUUGCAGAAUUUGAGGAGUCAACUAAUGAAAACUUGAAGAAAACAGUAGAGGUUGGAGAGUAUGGACAUGUUGUGAAAGUAGUGUUGAAGCAUUCAACUCCAUCUCCAAAGGCCAGUGAACAAAAGAGCCGACAGGAAUUGGCAAGAGAGAAAGUUCUGAAAGAAAAAGAACUAGAAGAGUCACGGCUGAAGCGUCAGCAAACCCUCCAUGAAGCACUAGAAGAGUAUGAAGAUGAAGUUGAAAUGAACGCUAUACUGAAGGAUGAUGAUGAGAAACACAGUGCGGGUGAUUUGACAAGUAUUCUGAGUGUUCCAUUAGAAGGUGAAGAUGGAGAAGAAGAGGAAGAAGGCAGAGCAAUUGGACAUGGAAGGCUGGAUAGUCAAGCUUCAACUAUUUUUGCGGCGGACGAUCCAGCUGAAGAGUCAUUGAAGAAAUCAGAUCCCGAUCUUAAAAAGACAGAUCCCGAGCCAGCCUAG